AUGGCGAGCGCUAAGACGAAGCUGCAGCUGCAGGAGAGGGUCCGGCUCCCCCGCACGGCGUGGAAGCUGGCUGACCUCGCCGUUCUCUUCCUGCUCCUGGCCCUCCUCGCUCGCCGUGCGUCCUCGCUGGUGGCGGCGUGCUGCGCGGCGCCGGCGUGCACGUGGUGCUGGGUCGCCGCGCUCAUCUGCGAGGCGUGGUUCACGGUGGUGUGGCUCAUCAACAUAAACGCCAAGUGGAACCCGGUCCGCUUCGACACGCACCCUGAACGCCUAGCCCAACGGACGAGCGACGACGAGCUGCCGGCGGUGGACAUGUUCGUGACGACGGCGGACCCGAAGCUGGAGCCGCCGCUGGUGACGGUGAACACGGUGCUGUCGCUGCUGGCGCUGGACUACCCAGCGGGCAAGCUGACGUGCUACGUCUCCGACGACGGAUGCUCGGCGGUGACCUGCUACGCGCUGCGCGAGGCCGCCGAGUUCGCCAAGCUCUGGGUGCCCUUCUGCAAGAAGUACGGUGUCGGGGUCCGGGCCCCCUUCGUGUACUUCUCCUCCGGCGCUGCGGGAGCCACCGCCGACGCCGAGUUCUUGCGCGCUUGGACACUCAUGAAGAACGAGUACGAGGAGUUGGUCCGCCGGAUCGAGAACGCCGAAGAGGACUCUCUAGUCCGGCGCGGCGACGGCGAGUUCGCCGAAUUCGUGGGCGCUGACCGCAGGAACCACCCGACCAUAAUCAAGGUGCUCUGGGACAGCAGCAGCAAGAGCAAGAGCAAUCAGGCUGCAGACGAUGGAAUCCCCAGCCUCAUAUACGUCUCGAGGGAGAAGAGCCCCACACAGCACCACCACUUCAAGGCCGGCGCCAUGAACGUCCUGACGAGGGUGUCCGCGGUGGUGACCAACGCUCCCAUCACGCUGAACGUGGACUGCGACAUGUUCGCGAACAACCCGCAGGUGGCCCUCCACGCCAUGUGCCUCCUCCUCGGAUUCGACGACGAGCUCCACAGCGGCUUCGUUCAGGCGCCGCAGAAGUUCUACGGCGGCCUCAAGGACGAUCCUUUCGGCAACCAGAUGCAGGUUAUAUACGAGCUUAUCUAUAUCCACAAUUUUGUCGUCUGUGCUGUGAGCUUACGUAGAAAGUUGGGCUUGGAGAAGCCGGACUUCAAGGCAUAUUUUACGGCGGGACAGGGUGCUUUCACCGUAGGAAAGUCAUCUACGGCGUGCCACCAGACUCCACCACCACCAUCGGCAUCAAAGCAUCUUCUUCCAGGUUUUGCUGCAACAGCGUGGUCAUACAUGCAUGUUCUUUCCAUUGCAGGUUGGCUGGGUGUACGGGUCGAUGACCGAGGACAUCCUGACCGGGCAGCGAAUCCACGCCGCCGGCUGGAGGACGGCGUUGUUGAACCCCGACCUGCCGGCAUUCCUCGGCGGCGCGCCCACCGGCGGACCGGGCAGCCUCACCCAGUACAAGAGGUGGGCCACGGGCCUGCUGGGAUACUCCUCAGCCGCCAUAACCCAUUCCUUCUCGCCGCGUUCAAGCACCUCGAUUUCCGGCAGUGCGUCGCCUACCUAUUCAUCGACGUGUGGGCCAUCAGGGCACCCUUUGAGCUGUGCUACGCGUUGCUCGGACCUUACUGCAUCAUCGCAAACCACUCCUUCCUGCCAAAGGCGUCAGAGCCGGGUUUCGUCAUCCCGUUGGCGCUGUUCCUAGCCUACAACGCGUACAACCUGGGCGAGUACAAGGACUGCCGGCUAUCGGCGCGCGCCUGGUGGAACAACCACAGGAUGCAGCGGAUCGUGUCGUCGUCCGCCUGGCUGCUCGCGUUCCUCACCGUGGUCCUCAAGACGGUCGGCCUCUCGGAGACGGUGUUCGAGGUGACGCGCAAGGAGCAGCAGAGUUCGUCCGACGGAGACGCUGGCGAUGGCGCGGACGACGCCGAUCUGGGGCGGUUCACCUUCGACUCGUCGCCGGUGUUCGUCCCGCCAACGGCGCUCGCGAUGCUGAGCAUCGUCGCCGUCGCCGUCGGAGCGUGGAGGGUGGUCGCCGGUGCGGUGCCCGCCGCCGGUGGCCCGGGCGCCGGGGAGCUCGUGUGCUGUGGAUGGCUGGUGCUCUGCUUCUGGCCGUUCGUGAGGGGGCUCGUCGGCAGGGGAAGCUACGGCAUCCCCUGGAGCGUCAGGCUCAAGGCUGCCCUGCUCGUGGCCGCGUUCGUGCACUUGUCCACACGGAAGUUACUUUCACCGGCGUCAGAAUAUGCAAUGGUUGAUGUGACGGGAAUCAAUUAA